CGUUGCUACCAGACUCUUAGUGAGUUACGGACUGCAUGCAAGCACACGUCGAGCGCAUUGGCGAGUCCCAACACAGCGUGUACACUUCAGUUCACUUUGCCUCUUCUUCUUGCCUUGACCGCUUCGUAGCUGCGCGUGUCGAGCGUCGUCGUCGUCGUCGUCGUCGUCGUCGGACUCUCACCUCCGGUUUGCGACCGAUCGAAUCGCGCGCUUUCUCGGUGUGUGUCCGACUCGGAUCUCCGUGAUAGGAGAUCCGAGAGCGCUCUUGCAUUAAACGAUCACCGCCGAGCGGGGCAACAAAAUUAGAGCGUCAACGGUGGAAAAAAAACUCCGCAAACCGCAUAGGAUAGCGGUUCCCGACACAGGCGAAAGGAGAACGGUGUGAUAUUUUGACUGGCAAAGAGAAACGGAGCAUCGAGCAAAGUGCGCAUGUGCAAAAUACCCGCGACGCUUUAAUCGUUCGCGUUUUGUUGUGUCAUUGUAACGAGCUCGUAAAUUAUUCGUUCAUCACUGAAUACGCACAUCGUAAGAGAAGAAAUACGCAGGAUUGUUUUCUGUCGUGACAUCGCAAUAAGACACGAAAAAAUAAAGUCAUAUCCGUGUACCAGGCGAAGAAAAAAAGAAGAAGGUAAAGGAAUAUCAAAAAACGGGUGAGAAAAGUGGCAAAGAGGAGAAGAACUGUUCUUUUCCGGAGGCGGAAACUUCCUGUCGUCCUCAAACCCCCAUUUCCCCUUCCCCACACUUAUUUGUCGGUGUAUGAUCGUAUCGCGUUCGUGCAUCGCGCACGCACACGAGAUAGUAACAGAUUGCGCGCUGCACAGCACAGAGUUUCGCGCUCUGGUGCUGCCGUUCACAAGCGCGCGCGCACGCGUGUGACGUAUAAACUCGAAGAAUUAUACACACUUCUCGAUUCUCUCGAUGUAAGAACUUGGCGGGACCAAACCGCGUUCUGCAUGCGAUACACAUUGUUCGGAUUUCUCGACGUGAGUCGCACCGACGAGAGAAGGUUCGCGUGAUUGCUGGAUACAGUGUUGCUGGCACACGAACACGAACAAUUUAUAUCUCCCGAGUGAUCAUUAAACUGAGGGACAGCCGCAUCACGGAGAGCACUUAGAAGAAAGAGGGAACAAGAAAAUAGGAAAGACGUGAAACGAAGUUACUUUGUUAUCGAGGGAUUAAUACUCUGUGAACUCUUGUGGUCUAUGCUAACGAGCCAAUCGCUUAUUUUGUACAAGAUUAUUAUUCUUCUCAAUUAUUUAAUUAUACCUGUCUUAAGAACGAAGAAAUCAGUGCCGUUAAUAUGAGCAAUAAAACUAAAAGAAAAAUAAGCGAGACGAAAGAGGAAUUAUCGGUAAGUCUAGUGAGAAAGAAGCAAGCGAGUGAGACAGAAGAGAAAUCGGAAGUACCAGAAAAAAAGGGUCGAGCUAGUGGAAAGUGUUCAACCUGCAAAAUACAUGGCGUUGACGCACUAGCAGGUGCCGGUCAUAAACACGUUUGUCCACAUAGAACAUGCUUUUGUAUAAAAUGUAUAGAAAAUGCGAGAAAGAAGGACAAAUCGGCAACCGAUAUAAGAAUAAGCAGAACGAAAAAAAUAUUUGACAAAAAACAAGAACUGACCAAAGAAAUUGAAAUUACCUUAUCUGAGGAGAAGAAUCCCUGGCCAGACAUAAAAAUGAAUUUGGAAAAAGAAAAAGAAGGUGACUAUUAUGAUCUUCAAGAAUUCCUGAAAAUUCUAUACUCUGUGAUAGUUGACACGAACGUCAUAGAGCAAUCUUCUUUUGCAAUGCGCAUGCUCAAAGCAUGUUUUGAAGUUCUCACCGCAUCCAUAGAAGGCCGUAUUUCUAAAAAAGUAGCUAAUAAAGCUUGUCAAAACAUCAUCGAUGUCAUUCAGAAACUUUUAAGUGAAGAAUUUCAGCAGCAACAGCAUCGGUUGCAACAUCAACAGCAGUUGCAACCACAACAACAUCCAUUGCAACAGCAGCAGCAGCAAUUGCAGCAACAUCCAUUGCCACCGCCAUCGUUGCAGCACCAGCAACUACAAUACAGUAGUCAAUGGUACAGUUUUUUGCUAGAUCCGAGAUUUUUAAGAAGUGUUCCAGCAACGUACAAUUACACAUACUUGAAGAAAGAAACACCGCCGGAAGAAUUCAACGUUUUGCUUAAUCAAGUAAGAAGUUCCGUGCCGUACAAGUCGCUUGAAUUCUCCUCGAAGUAUCAUUGAUCGAUUGAUGACGAUCAGUGAAAUAAAUCGACAAGAAAAACAUGUCGAAUCCAAAGAAACGCGCUUCUGAAGUGAUUGGAUAGCCAUCGAGACAAGAAAAGACCUGAUAAUUGAUCAUAGCAUGCUUCUUCUGGACGCUUUCAAUGUUCCUACCUACCCAAUGAACCGAGCAAAUCUUACGGCAAAUGAGAAAUUGUCUCUUAGAAACUCGCGAGAAAGGAAAUCGCCAUGUCAAUUUCGAGGUAAAUUCUCAGAACUUUCCGUCCGUCGCUCUUGGUUCUCGAUCAAAUUGUUGCUGUGGUUACGGUCUUUUAUUAAAAAAACAAAAAAAACAAAAAACAAACAAACAAACGCGACAGUUCCGCUGGACAAGUUUUCGCGACCAACAGUCGUUUGGUCACGAACAGUUUUGCGGCAAUCAACGCGUUCAGACCAACCAGAACGUAUGUAUUAAAUAAAAGAAGACGCGAGAUUUUCCGCGAUAAAUUUCAAGCAAAGCGCAAUUUUGCUCAUUUUCCAGGCAGUGAUUCCGUGAUCUUCUCUCGCUUAUGCGAUUGUUAUAACGCAAUGUAAUUACUGCGCGCAAAAUUUACAUUUUCGAAACGCCAAAAGUCACGGAACGUGUGUAUUCGUGUAUCAAUCGGACAAGAUCUCGGAUGAGAGCUCGCGACGUGUAAUUCCGCUAGUCGCGCUUCUGAUACUUGUUCGUGAUUCGCCAUUCUCGUUUGGCAAGUUCGUUUCGUGUCUUCUUUGCGUAUCCCCUGUUAAAUUUCAGCCCGGAAUGUAAGAGCUGAGAUAAAACAGUGAAUGUUAUAUAGCCUUGAGCUGAAUAACGAGCACGACAGACGUUAAGCAAAUCGUAAAAAAGAAGAAAAAAUUAAAAAAUCAUCCAUCCCGAUUUUGUACAAUGCGUUUUAUUUGUUGAAUCAUCUCAGCGAUGCGUGUGGCCAAUUUCUUGUUUGAAAGAUCGAACAUAAGGGGAAUGGCGGCCGCACAUUACAGCCGAAAUGUUCGACGAGUUUUAGUUGAUUUUAAAGCUUUCUGCUUUAUUCAUAUACCACAUACAUACAUAUAUAUAUAUAUAUAUAUAUAUAUAUAUAUAUAUAACUAUUGCAAAUAGCUGUUUUUUUAAUUCACAUGUUGUUAAAUGUUAACUGCUUUGUGUGAGACGUGCAGCUGUGAGUCGGCGUCGCAAACAAGAGAACUGCACGACGUGUUGCAAUAUACGCUUUGAUUUUGUUGAACUUUUGCAAAUAGAACGUAAAAAAAUUUAUUUUAAUAGAGCUGUUUUGAUCAUAUGUAAAAAAACCCUUCUUUACUUUUUCAAGCGAGAUAAAAUAUUUUGUUUAAGAGUCACACAGCAUUGUUUACUGCUCAAGAGAAUAACUCCGCGAACUUUUUUUUAGUUUUUUUUAUAACAAGUUAGUUCAUACAAUUGAAGCAAAUCUUCUUAUGACAAUUAAUGUGACAAUUAGUUUUUACACAUUAUUUGUAGUAAAAAUAUUUUUCGCGCCGUGUUGACGACUGUUAUUUAGUGGUUUGUUUUCCGAAUAAUUAAAAUCUCUUGCGCAAAAACAAGUGCAUCCGUACAACGUAAUCACAAAAUCGGCGGAUGUGUCAGCCGGUUCAAUAAACCAACUCUUGAAAAACUGGUUAUUCCAGCUCGCAGCAAAUUAAUUUACAAAUAAAAGCACCGAAAACCUGUCUCUUCGAUAUGCAGUCUCAUUCUUUUCUAGUUGUUUCUUUUCUUUGACAACUCUCUUUUGCCUCGCGCAAGACACAUUUCGAGCAACAAUUUCAUACGUAGGUCAAUUGGAUAUACUACCGUAGACUUUAAUGACUCGUUUUUGUAAAUGAAUUUGCUUUUUCGUAACAAGCAUGCUGCGUCAGAUUUAUCGCCAUCGCGCUGGCUCAAUUUGUAACAGUGGAAUUAAUUCGCAAGUCAACAGCGUUUUUUUUGCCAUUGACACAAAGUCUCACUUAAAAAUUUGUUUUACGACUAUUCUUCUCUCUUUAUUGUUUUAUUAGUACAUAUAUAUAUGUAUAUAUAUAUAUUUAUAUAUAUGUACUAAUAUAUAGGUGAUACGAAAUAUUAUUUCUCUCGAUGUGAAGCUACAUCUCUUUUUCCUGUUUUAAUUAACGGUUUUAAUUAACGUAGUUAUAUUUAAUUCAGUAAUCUAUAUUUACGUGGCUGAAAGUUCUUUAGAUGUUUCUCGAUUACAUAAAAAAAUAAAAAAAAAAACUGCAUUAUUCCGUCGUCUGCAUCGCGAGGAAAAGAAUUUCUCACGGAUGCUACACUAGAGGGCUCGUUAAAUCAAUUGGAACUUUUUGCAAGUGACUGCAAUAUACAUCUUUAUUCAAAUAACUAUAAUAUAACUCCGCUCGCGUCAGAUGUCUAAUAUAAAGAUAAGAAUAUGAAGACACAAUUCAGCGCGAUGUCACCUUAUUGAAUGGCAGAGCACAAUGACGACAUCCUAUAAUUUUCGACAUCCUGGUGGUGUUUUAUUAUCAAAAUUCACGUGUUUUUAGCUCAAAACAGUUUUGACGUCGGUACACAUUAGGUUACGGAAGUGCAAUUUUUGUACGAACUAGCAACGAACUAAUAUAGAUAAGUCGAAUUAAGCAAAACGUACAGAGUGACUUAAAUCCUAUAUUAUUGAAACAAAAUUCUUAAACAUGCUACAAAUCGUUUGUUUAGAUGCUCAAUUACUUUAAAAAUUACAGCGCGGUGUUGUCAAAACGCUUGAGCAAGAAAAGGUGUCUGUUAUCUUUGAAAGAAAAAAAACGUCUGUAUAUUAGAACCUUUUUACAAUAGUUUUGAGAAUAUUACUUGUAGAGAAUGCGCCUGAACAUGUUUUGAUCUGAACUUUGGAUCCAAUACAAUAUACAAGACUUGUUGCACUUGUGGAAGCCAGAAUCGCAAAGUUUCCGAGUAGUAAUCACACUGCAAACAGUCACAGACUGUAUGCAAGUAUACGCUCGCGUGCGUUACGCUCGCGUGUAAAACACAUGUUGCAGGUGCGUUCGCGUAUACUUCCAUACUCGGAACACGAUAACUCAGGAUAAUUGUGUACAUCUAUAUCGCGUUUGUAGCAUGUUUGCGCGUUUUACCGUUAUCCACGUCAAUUAUCUGGUCUACAUAUUAUUAUUAUUAUUAUUAUUAUUAUUAUUAUUAUUAUUAUUAUUAUUAUUAUUAUCAUCAUUAUUAUCAUUGUCAUUAUUAUUAUUAUUAUAUCUAAUAUGCACCUUCUGUUAAAAAACGGAAGUCGUCGAAAAUUUUUCGACGAGCCUUCCAACACCUAAGCUCAUCAUGAUGUUUCGAGAGACACGUUAUCUCAUUUAAUUAUGAAAGAAACACCGAUGGAAAUCAUGAAUUCCUUUCUGUGAGUAUAGUUUCGAUCACACAAAUCGUCUAACUUGUAUCAAUUAAGUUAAUGGUGUAAUUAAAUGAAGUAGUUCUCUAAACUAAAUGCACGUUUUUUUGUUUAAUAUUUUGAACAUUAAUGGCCGCACAUCUUGCCGGGGAAAUAGGUGAAGGGACAUUUUUCUAUAUUCGUCCGUUAAAAGACACUUUUAAGAUUUUAGCGCGACUUGACGCAAUUUUUCACAAACGAGUGAAAAUUAAAAAAGAGUGCUGCAAAUGGUGCUCGUGUAGCGCAUUCGUUUAGUCUUGCGAAUUUUACAUACGUCGCCAUAUUUUUUUAAGUAGUAACUCUUAAUCUAAUCUUAAUGUACUCUAUUCUCUAUAAAUGUAUUUGUGUAUGUGUGUGUACAUGUGUGUUAGACACACAUUCUCUCACGUAGAUAGAAACAUUUGCGUUGCGCGGAUAAAUCCGCGCUCGUUCGAGUCUACGAGCAAGUAAUGAGGAGAUUUAGAUUAUAUUACCGGUGUCAGCGAUAACGAUUAAUUUUAGCUUUUACAAUAAUUAUUCUGUUUAUUAUAUAUAUAUAUAAGGAGAUAGAUACCGUCUAUGGUAUCUUUCCUAUGGUUUUUUUUAAGUUAAGUGCAUAUUGAGAGACUUAUUCGCGACUUGUUUUUCGCUUAAAGUCAGCUCUCUAAAAAAAAAAGUAAUUUUUAAUUGUUGUUUCUUUUUUUUUUGUAAUUGGUUGUUUGUUUUGCGCAGUCGAGACAAGUAAUACGGAGUAUAAUGUGUUUGACAUAUAUAUUCUAAUAGAAAUAUUAAUGCAAGAAAAAAACUUUACUUUAUUUCGUUGUAACGUGCCUUUUUUCCAGAAUAGAGAAAAUGUGUGAGUGAAUGAGCAAACAAAUGAGAGUGGGUGUAUCAAUAAGUGAACGAACGAACAAAAGAAAAAGAAAAAAAGAUUACUGCAAAAAAAAUGUGGAAUCGAUCAUUUAUUGCCGUUUGCGAAGACUUCUUUAAGUGGUUUAUGUUACAUUUUUUAAGUCGUUGAAAAAGUCGCGACUGAUACCGCGUUCUCUAGUAAUCUACAUGAAAAUGCUUCAUCAAACAGUUGUAUCUUAACAAUAUGUAACUGUGUUUUGAGCGAUUGUGAAGUUAUUGGAAAGAAUUUUUCUGAAUAAGAUUGCAAUCGCUCAAUGUUUCGUUUAAAACAGGUCUACUCGAUUUGCAAAAAGAUAUUUGACUAAUGUUUGAAAUGUCAACAUAUUUGAAACGCUUGUUUUAAUCAUGCUGUCGAGAGAAACACAUCGCUCGGAGAGCAAUUCCCUUGAGUAGACUUGGGUAUUCAGGAUCUAAUAGCACAUAAGAUGAAUGUAACAACUGAUCUUUGUCGAACUGCUUCGAGAGCUGAACUAAAUAUUUUGCAGUUAUUUUUACACGAAAAACUCUCAAUCGAAACAUAUAUAUACAUGUUAAGGUUAUGCGAAACUCAGAUGAUUACGCAAUGCGGAUGGUUUUAGUUGAGCGAAUCUUGUAAUCAGAUCGACAUGAGAUCGGUAGACUCCUAUUAUUUAAUUGUGCGAUCCGUGUGUUUUAAAAAACUUUGACUAUUAUGAUUAUUUAUUCAACACCCGACAGAGAAUGACAGAGCGAACGCGGUGGUGAAACAACGAUCUUGUGAAGAGAUAGAAAAUAGCAUUAUUAUAUGAUGGGAAGAAGAACAGCUUUGCAUAUACAUAUUGUUAUUCAUGGAUUCAAUGUACUUGACAUAUUUUUAAGUGUUAAGCUAUAUUACAUACAAAUAAAACAGUACUGCU